UCUCUCUCUCUCUCUCUCUCUCUCUCUCCAUAUAUAUGGAUGGAUCUUCUUCAUGUAGUGUAAGCAGUGACGUAUCGAUCUUCUCCCUACAAAUCCCAAAUCUUCUUCUCUGAGAGAGCCAUCAGCCACCUUUUCUCCGGCCGAAAUGAGUUCAUAAGAUUCCGUUAACGUCUUCCUGAUUUAUCCGGCGAAAUUGCACUCUUACCUCUCCUUUGACUCCCAGAGAUUAGAGGAUUGGGAGUUAUUAGUGAUGUGUAGUCUUUGAAGGGGUAAAACUUUGAAGCGGGGGAUUUUUUUUUGUUAUUGAGGAGGAAGAAGAUGGGUUUUGAGCCGUUGGAUUGGUAUUGCAAGCCGGUGCCGAAUGGUGUGUGGACAAAAACAGUGGAUUAUGCAUUUGGUGCAUACACGCCUUGUGCUAUUGACUCUUUUGUGCUUGGUAUCUCUCAUCUUGUUCUGUUGAUUCUGUGUCUUUAUCGGUUAUGGCUCAUCACAAAGGAUCACAAAGUGGAUAAGUUCUGCUUGAGGUCUAAAUUGUAUAACUAUUUCCUGGCUCUUUUGGCUGCUUAUGGUACUGCUGAGCCUUUGUUUAGAUUGGUCAUGAGGAUCUCUGUUUUGGAUUUGGAUGGAGCUGGGUUUCCUCCGUAUGAGGCGUUCAUGCUGGUCCUUGAGGCUUUUGCUUGGGGUUCUGCAUUGGUCAUGACUGUUGUGGAAACUAAAACAUAUAUCCAUGAACUCCGUUGGUAUGUUAGAUUCGCUGUCAUUUAUGCUCUUGUCGGAGACAUGGUGUUGUUAAAUCUUGUUCUCUCUGUGAAGGAGUACUAUGGCAGUUUUAAACUGUAUCUUUACAUAAGCGAGGUGGCAGUUCAGGUCGCAUUUGGAACUCUCUUAUUUGUGUAUUUCCCUAAUUUGGAUCCUUACCCUGGUUACACACCAGUUGGGACUGAAACUUCAGAGGAUUACGAGUAUGAAGAGCUUCCUGGAGGAGAAAAUAUAUGUCCUGAGAGGCAUGCAAAUUUAUUUGACAGUAUAUUCUUCUCAUGGUUGAAUCCAUUGAUGACUCUGGGAUCAAAACGGCCUCUCACGGAGAAGGAUGUAUGGCAUCUGGACACUUGGGAUAAAACUGAAACUCUCAUGAGGAGCUUCCAGAGGUCCUGGGAUAAGGAACUAGAAAAGCCCAAACCUUGGCUUUUGAGAGCACUGAACAACAGCCUUGGGGGAAGGUUUUGGUGGGGUGGCUUCUGGAAGAUUGGGAAUGACUGUUCACAGUUCGUGGGGCCUCUUCUACUGAAUGAGCUCUUAAAGUCAAUGCAACUUAAUGAACCAGCGUGGAUAGGUUACAUCUAUGCAAUCUCAAUCUUUGUUGGAGUGGUAUUGGGGGUUCUAUGUGAAGCUCAGUACUUCCAAAAUGUGAUGCGUGUUGGUUACCGGCUUAGGUCUGCACUGAUUGCUGCUGUGUUCCGAAAAUCGCUGAGGCUAACUAAUGAAGGGCGGAAGAAGUUUCAAACAGGAAAAAUAACAAACUUAAUGACGACUGAUGCUGAGUCGCUGCAGCAAAUCUGCCAAUCACUUCAUACCAUGUGGUCGGCGCCAUUUCGUAUAAUAGUAGCGCUGGUUCUCCUUUACCAACAAUUGGGUGUUGCCUCGAUCAUCGGUGCAUUGUUUCUUGUCCUUAUGUUCCCUAUACAGGUUCGUAUAUCUUUAUAUUCCCGCAUGCUCUUUGCUCUGUUGGUUGUUUUGCUUUUGAGUGCUUACGUCUCAUUUGUUUCCCAAUUUUCUCGGCUUCUCUCCUCAUUUUCGUUUUCUUGUUUUAUUUUGUUGAACCAGACUAUUAUUAUAAGCAAGACGCAGAAAUUAACAAAAGAAGGGUUGCAGCGUACUGACAAGAGAAUUGGCCUAAUGAACGAGGUUUUAGCCGCAAUGGAUACAGUGAAGUGCUAUGCUUGGGAAAACAGUUUUCAGUCCAAGGUUCAAACUGUACGUGAUGAUGAAUUAUCUUGGUUCCGGAAAGCACAACUUCUGUCAGCGUUCAAUAUGUUCAUUCUAAACAGCAUUCCUGUCCUCGUGACUGUUGUUUCAUUUGGUGUGUUCUCAUUGCUUGGAGGAGAUCUGACACCUGCAAGAGCGUUUACGUCACUUUCUCUAUUUUCUGUGCUUCGCUUCCCUUUGUUCAUGCUUCCAAACAUUAUAACUCAGAUGGUAAAUGCUAAUGUAUCCUUAAACCGUUUGGAGGAGGUACUAUCGACAGAAGAGAGAGUUCUCUUACCGAAUCCUCCCAUUGAACCUGGACAGCCAGCUAUCUCAAUAAGAAAUGGAUACUUCUCCUGGGAUUCAAAGGCGGAUAGGCCAACCUUGUCAAAUAUCAACCUGGACAUACCUCUUGGCAGCCUAGUUGCGGUAGUUGGCAGCACAGGAGAAGGAAAAACCUCCCUGAUAUCUGCUAUGCUUGGGGAACUUCCUGCAAGAUCUGAUGCUACAGUUAUUCUUAGAGGAUCAGUCGCUUAUGUUCCACAAGUUUCAUGGAUCUUUAACGCAACAGUACGUGACAAUAUAUUGUUUGGGGCUCCUUUUGACCAAGAAAAAUAUGAAAGGGUGAUUGAUGUGACAGCACUGCAGCAUGACCUUGAGUUACUGCCUGGUGGUGACCUCACGGAGAUUGGUGAAAGGGGUGUUAACAUCAGUGGGGGACAAAAGCAGAGGGUUUCUAUGGCUAGGGCCGUUUACUCAAAUUCAGAUGUGUUCAUUUUAGAUGACCCAUUGAGUGCCCUUGAUGCGCAUGUUGGUCAGCAGGUUUUUGAAAAAUGCAUAAAAAGAGAAAUAGGGCAGACAACGAGAGUACUUGUUACAAACCAGCUCCACUUCCUAUCACAAGUGGAUAAAAUCCUACUUGUCCAUGAGGGAACAGUAAAAGAGGAAGGAACAUAUGAAGAAUUAUGCCAUAGUGGCCCAUUGUUCCAGAGGUUAAUGGAAAAUGCAGGGAAGGUUGAAGAUUAUUCAGAAGAAAAUGGAGAAGCUGAAGUCGAUCAAACAUCUGUAAAACCAGUUGAAAAUGGGAACACUAAUAAUCUGCAGAAGGAUGGAAUCGAGACAAAGAAAUCCAAAGAAGGAAACUCUGUGCUUGUCAAACGAGAAGAACGUGAAACUGGAGUUGUGAGUUGGAAAGUCCUGGAGAGGUACCAGAAUGCACUUGGAGGUGCAUGGGUAGUGAUGAUGCUCCUUAUAUGCUACGUCUUGACUCAAGUAUUUCGGGUUUCAAGCAGCACUUGGUUGAGUGAGUGGACUGAUGCAGGAACUCCAAAGACUCAUGGACCCCUAUUCUAUAAUAUUGUCUAUGCGCUUCUUUCGUUUGGACAGGUCUCUGUGACAUUGAUCAAUUCAUAUUGGUUGAUUAUGUCCAGUCUAUAUGCAGCUAAAAAGAUGCAUGAUGCUAUGCUUGGUUCCAUACUAAGGGCUCCAAUGGUCUUCUUUCAAACCAAUCCAUUAGGACGGAUAAUUAAUCGAUUCGCAAAAGAUAUGGGCGACAUUGAUCGAACUGUGGCAGUCUUUGUAAACAUGUUUAUGGGUUCAAUCGCACAGCUUCUUUCAACUGUUAUCUUGAUUGGCAUUGUUAGCACGCUGUCCCUGUGGGCCAUCAUGCCCCUGUUGGUCGUGUUCUAUGGAGCUUAUCUGUAUUACCAGAAUACAUCCCGUGAAAUUAAACGUAUGGAUUCCACUUCAAGAUCACCCGUUUAUGCUCAAUUUGGAGAGGCAUUGAAUGGACUAUCUAGUAUCCGUGCUUAUAAAGCAUAUGACAGGAUGGCUGAAAUUAAUGGAAGGUCAAUGGAUAAUAACAUCAGAUUCACACUUGUAAACAUGGCUGCAAAUCGGUGGCUGGGAAUCCGUUUGGAAGUUUUGGGAGGUCUCAUGGUUUGGUUGACUGCGUCAUUAGCCGUCAUGCAGAAUGGAAAGGCAGAGAACCAACAAGCAUAUGCAUCUACGAUGGGUUUACUUCUCAGUUAUGCGUUAAGUAUUACCAGCUCUUUAACAGCUGUACUGAGACUCGCGAGUCUAGCUGAGAAUAGUUUAAACUCGGUUGAGCGCGUUGGAAAUUAUAUCGAGAUACCAUCAGAGGCUCCACUAAUCAUUGAAAACAACCGUCCACCUCCUGGAUGGCCAUCAUCUGGAUCCAUAAAAUUUGAGGAUGUUGUUCUUCGUUACCGCCCUGAGUUACCUCCUGUUCUUCAUGGAGUUUCAUUCUUGAUUUCUCCAAUGGAUAAGGUGGGAAUUGUCGGAAGGACAGGCGCUGGGAAGUCAAGCCUCUUAAAUGCCUUAUUCCGGAUUGUGGAGCUGGAAAAAGGAAGGAUUUUGAUUGAUGAAUGCGACAUUGGCAGAUUUGGACUGAUGGACUUACGUAAAGUGCUCGGAAUUAUACCACAAGCGCCAGUUCUUUUCUCAGGUACUGUGAGAUUCAAUCUUGACCCAUUUAGUGAACACAACGAUGCCGAUCUUUGGGAAUCUCUUGAGAGGGCACACUUGAAAGAUACUAUACGCAGAAAUCCUCUUGGUCUUGAUGCUGAGGUAACUGAGGCAGGAGAGAAUUUCAGUGUUGGACAGAGACAGUUGUUGAGUCUUGCACGUGCAUUGUUGCGAAGAUCUAAGAUACUUGUUCUUGAUGAAGCAACUGCUGCUGUUGACGUUAGAACUGAUGUUCUCAUCCAAAAGACCAUCCGAGAAGAAUUCAAGUCCUGCACGAUGCUAAUUAUCGCUCAUCGUCUCAAUACUAUCAUUGACUGUGACAAAGUUCUUGUUCUUGAUUCUGGAAAAGUUCAGGAAUUCAGUUCACCGGAGAAUCUUCUUUCAAACGGAGAAAGUUCUUUCUCGAAGAUGGUUCAAAGUACAGGAACUGCAAACGCGGAGUACUUACGUAGUAUAACACUUGAGAACAAACGUACCAGAGAUGCUAACGGUGAUGAUUCACAGCCUUUAGAAGGUCAGAGGAAAUGGCAAGCUUCUUCUCGUUGGGCUGCAGCUGCUCAGUUUGCUUUGGCUGUGAGCCUCACUUCAUCUCACAACGACCUUCAAAGCCUUGAAAUCGAAGAUGGUAACAGUAUUUUGAAAAAAACAAAGGACGCCGUCGUCACUCUACGCAGUGUUCUUGAAGGGAAACACGAUAAAGAGAUUGAAGAGUCUCUUAACCAAAGUGACAUCUCUAGAGAGCGUUGGUGGCCAUCUCUUUACAAAAUGGUCGAAGGCCUUGCGGUGAUGAGCAGAUUGGCGAGGAACCGAAUGCAACACCCGGAUUACAAUUUAGAAGGGAAAUCGUUUGACUGGGACAAUGUCGAGAUAUAAACGUUACUAGACAUUUUGUUGAACUUUUAUUUUAUUGAUUGGGAUACACGUAACAAAAUGCCCAUUUAUUGUGGUGUUAAUUAUAUAGGCUGUACUUCUUUUGGGAAAGAGUGUUUGGUUCCCAAAGGAUGGGAUGAUACACAGAAUUCGAAUUAAAUUUUCUAGGC